AUCCCAAGCAGUAACUGAGACGGUCGAGAGCGCAUCCCUAAACUGAGGUUGCCGCGCCCGGCACUUUGUCUGCAUCUGGUGCUCCGUAUACUCGCCUGGAUGCAAGUCUCCUGCAACGGCAACUUGUUGAAAGCAGGGACAUGAGCUCACAAAGCCGGCCAAAUCCCUGGCAUUGCUGAUGCAGCCAAGUUGGAAUUGAUACACCGGCACUUGCGCCCAGUAUGCUUGCUCCGAAAAAAGAGGAUCGGCUCUGUUCGGCCGCCGUUCUCAGUGAGCACAGCGCACUCAAAUUGGAGAAAUGACUUGAGCCGUGUGCACCGCCUGAAAGGUGCUCUAACUCGUUCACUUUGGAAUUUAUCUUCUCUCGGAGAAGCCCAGCAAGCAGCAGGACCCCGUCCAACCUUCGUAUUUCGGCUUGUUCAUUCCACGAUGUCGUCCACCAACGGCAAGUCGGCUUUCUUCACCAUGGAAGACGCCAAGGCGUCUUUCAAUCUCUUCUGCUGCGUCUGCGGUAUCGGUUCACUGGCCAUGCCUUCCAACUACGCCCGCGCCGGCCCGCUAUUCGCGUCGGUUGCCUUAGCGUUCAUGAUCUUCGCCAACACCUACGCAACUCUCAAGUUGUCCAAGGUGAUGCUGGUGGCGCCGUCGUCCGUGAAGACGUACGGUGACCUGGGCGAGUGGGCUCUGGGCAAGUGGGGCCGAUUCUUCACGGUGGUUUCUCAGAUGGGUGUGUGUCUGCUGGUGCCGUGCGCCUUCCUGGUGCUAGGCAGCACCCUGUUGGACGUGCUAUUCCCUGACUCGUUCAGCCAGAUUUUCUGGAUCAUCUUCAUGGCACUUAUGGUCGUUCCGGUGUGUCUGAUCCCGACGCUGAAGGAGAGUGCUGGUAUGGCGUUCGCCGGUUGCAUGGGCACAGUCAUUGCCGAUAUCAUCGCUGUGUCUGUCCUGCAGUGGAACAUGCGCGGCCACGGUUCGAUCCCGUCGCCGGACGUGACUCUGCACCAGGUUUUGACCUGCUUCGGUAAUCUUGCUCUGGCGUACGGUGCUGCUAUUGUGGUGCCCGACCUGCAGCGCGAGCACUCGCAGCCACAGCGCAUGCCGCGUGUGGUGGUCGUCACCAUUCUCUUCAUCUCUGCUUUCUUCGUCGCUGUCGCUCUUGCUGGUUACACGGCCGGCGGCUGCCAGCUCUCCGGCAACAUCCUGUACUCGAUCGUGAGCACGUCGAACCCGCUUGGCUUGGCCCCUCUGGGCUUCACCGCCGACCGUGGUGCCGUGGUGAUGGCCUACCUGUUCAUGCAGGUGCACAUUUCGAUCGCUUUCUCGACGCUGAUGAUGCCUCCGUUCUUCAUGGCUGAGCGUCUGGUUUUGGGCAUGCACAAGGGCCCCGAGAUCGUCCGCUUCAACGGCGAGGCUGACCAGGCCAACGUGGACCUUGACAUGGAGAUCCAGGAGAAGCGUUCGUACAUGCAGAGCUCAACCCCCAUGGACACGGCUAACCGUCAGGUGUCUGCUUCGAGCCUGGUUGAGAAGACAGAGGGCCGUAUGUCGCACCUGCGCGUCGCUCUGGAGUUCGGCGAGGAGAUCACGGAGGAGCAGCUUCACGCGCCCUACCGGAACAACCCUCUGCGCUACAUUGCUCUACGUGUUUGCAUCAUUGCGAUCCUGGUGAUUAUUGCCGUGCUUGCACGCAAGCGUUUCCUCGACCUGGAGGACUUUACAGGAGCUACUGCCCACACGACGAGCUGCUUGCUUUUGCCGCUGAUCAUCUACCUUCGUGUAUUCUGGAAGAGCAUGUCGUUCCUGGACAAGGGCGCAUCAAUGCUGGUGAUUGUGGUGUGCGCCAUUACUGGCUGCUACGUAAUGAUCCACGCCGGCAAGGAGCUGUUCACCCCGUCGGACGACGACACAUUAUUCCCGUACUGCGAGACGGAAUUCCAGGACGAGCCGUACUACAUCCGCAACAACAGCACCAACUAAAUCGUAACCAGCCGCAGCAACUUAUAAAGAAAGCUGUGCAGCUUUACGGUGUUGUAUUGCAUAGAGGGGUUCACUUUGUAGAGCAACAACAAAUAUAGUGUAUCGUGUGGUAAAAUAUCCUUGCUUGUUUGCUUUUUGUUGUAA